AGGGGGCAGCGCCGCGGCCUGGCACCCCCGGCGCGGGAGAGGCGGCAGCGGCGAUGAAGCGAGACGUGCGCAUCCUCCUGGUGGGGGAGGCCCGGGUGGGGAAGACAUCGCUGAUUAUGGCUCUGGUGGGCGAGGAGUUCCCUGAGGAGGUGCCCCCUCGUGCAGAGGAGAUCACAAUCCCAGCCGACGUCACACCUGAGAAAGUCCCCACCCACAUUGUGGACUACUCAGAAUCAGAGCAAACGGAGGAUGAGCUGCAGGAGGAGAUCACCAAGGCCAACGUGGUCUGUGUGGUGUACGAUGUCACCGUGGAGGCCACAAUUGAGAAGAUUCGGACAAAGUGGAUUCCCUUGGUGAAUGGGGGAGUUGAAAAGGGUUCCAGAAUCCCGAUCAUCCUAGUGGGAAACAAGUCUGACCUACAGUCUGGGAGCUCCAUGGAGAUCAUCCUGCCCAUCAUGAACCAGUUUUCUGAGAUAGAGACUUGCGUGGAGUGUUCGGCCAAGAACUUAAAGAAUAUCUCUGAAUUGUUCUACUAUGCCCAGAAAGCAGUUCUGCACCCGACAGCCCCCUUGUACGAUCCAGAGGAGAAACAGCUGCGACCGACGUGUGCACGAGCUCUUACACGGAUUUUCGACAUCUCAGACCAGGAUAACAACCAGAUCCUAAGUGAUGAUGAGCUCAACUACUUCCAGAAGUCCUGCUUCGGGAAUCCCCUGGCGCCCCAGGCCCUGGAAGACGUGAAGACAGUUGUGUGGAAGAACACCACAGAUGGGGUGCAGGACAAUGGCCUAACGUUAAACGGCUUCCUCUUCCUCAAUACCCUCUUCAUCCAGAGGGGGCGGCACGAGACCACUUGGACCAUCCUGCGCCGCUUCGGCUACGCUGAUGAGCUGGAGCUGACGGACGACUAUCUCUACCCGCUGUUCCGCGUGCCCCAGGGCUGCUCCACGGAGCUCAAUCACUUUGGAUACCAGUUUCUGCAGCGGAUGUUUGAGAAGCACGACAAGGAUGGAGAUGGAGCCCUCUCACCUGUAGAACUACAGAGCUUCUUCAACGUCUUCCCCUAUGUGCCCUGGGGACCUGAACUCUACAACACGGUAUGCACCACUGAUAAAGGCCUGCUUUCACUGCAUGGAUUCCUCUGCCAAUGGACGCUGGUAUCCUAUCUGGAUGUCCAUCACUGCUUAGAGUACCUGGGUUACUUGGGCUACCCCAUCUUCUCUGAGCACAACUCUCAGACACAGGCCAUCACAGUUACCCGGGAGAAGAGAAUCGACCUGGAGAAGGGUCAGACCCAGAGGAACGUCUUCCUCUGUAAAGUGAUUGGCCCCAGGGGCACCGGCAAGUCUGCGUUCCUGCAGGCCUUCCUCGGGCGGAACCUGGCUGCACACAGGGAGUCCCCGGGAGAGCUGUCCUUCUAUGCAAUCAACACUGUCCAAGUCAGUGGCCAGGAAAAGUAUUUAAUAUUGUAUGAGAUUGAUGUGGACACGGAGUUCAUGAAGUCGUCGGACGCGGCGUGCGAUGUCGCCUGCUUAAUGUACAACGUGAAUGAUCCCAAAUCUUUCAACUAUUGCGCCUGUAUUUAUAAGCAACACUACAUGGAUGGACAAAUUCCCUGCAUCUUCAUCGCCUCCAAGUCAGACCUGCCAGAAGUGACUCAGCAGCAUGGACUCUCGCCUGCUGAGUUCUGCUACAAGCAUCGCCUGCCGCCACCGUUCUACUUCACCUGCAACAGCCCCGGCCUGCCCAGCACCACCAUCUAUACCAAACUGGCCACGGCAGCCGCCUUCCCUCAUCUGAACGACACCGAGCUGGGAGCUGCUUCCUUCUGGCUCAGGGUAGCCUUGGGAGCCAGUAUCGCUGCUGUGGUAGGAUUUGCACUUUACAAAGCGCUGGCAAAGAGCAAAUAAGAAAGAAGAGAACUGACCUUCCCUCCUCCCCCUCCCAAUGCUUACCUAAGACAGACACCAGCUUCCUUCUCCUACUACCAUGCACCCAGGUAGGCGGGAUCAAACUGGCUGUCCCUGGACCCCUGGGAGGAAAUUCCUUCCUCCCCCAAACCUGAUUUCAGCACCAGCAAAGCAGACCCACAAACAGGAUCCUCCAGACCUAAUGACACCAACCAGCAUGGCCAAGAACGUUGUUCUCCUCUACACUUGCAACGUACCCAUCACUAGGGGUUUGACUCCGAACGCCCCAUUGCUCAACGUUACCCUCAGUCCACUCUGCCGUGGGAAUGUCAUGGUCUCCCCUUGCCAGAUCUGGGCAUCUGCAGAACCUGGAGUCCAGUCUCCCUGGAGCUUUGAGGGGGGUCACCUGUGUCUCUUUUAAUAUUGUUUUUAAGACCAGCUCAGACUUAAAACAAACGACGCGCUCUGGGAAAGCUGUACAUAUCUUUCAGACCGGGGAUGGCAGCAAUCACGCCUGUCCAGUCUUGUAUUCCCAGGGAAGAUAUCAUUUUAUAUCACAGUGUGAUUCUCGGGGACUUCCUGGAGCCUGCAGGGACUCUGCAAGCACCAGAGUUGUGCUUUCUCUCCUCUGGGGUGGAGCUCUGCAGCGGGCUCGCUGUCCUGUCCUUCUAGCACAAGGUCUAUCAGGAAACAACGGACAAACUGGGAUUUAGGAAGCCGAGGCUACCUAGAGAAUGUAUUGUCAAAGGUGCUGCACGGAGGGGGAUUCACCCGUUGUGCUCCUUGCCAUCUAGUAGCCAUCUAAUGUCUCCUGGUAUUUAUUGGCAUAUCCUUGUGUUGACUGCUGGCCAAACCCUAUUGUGGGCAGUUGUCCUGAAUACGUCCUUACCUUAGGGGCAUUGUGACUCUCCAAGCUGCCGGAGUUUAGCAAAGCUCCACUUCUGGAAGCAUUGUCGCUUACAAGGUGUUCCAGGGACCCUUUGGCCCUUUCCACAUGUCCAGGGAUGCCAUCGGGUCCAAGUUCAUAUCAGAAGCCUUUACAAUGGUCACCAACAACCCCCUUAGAUUAGUAAAAGGGAGCCUUUGAAAACUUAAUCUACUACUUCCCUUGGCUUUGGGCAAUGGAAAUUGCUUCGUUACUUUCCCUUUCUGGCUUUCCUGCACUAGCUCAAGGCUGCCGCUUUGGGGUUGCAAACACUGCAGGGGUAGAGGGGUUUGGAUUGGAACCUGCCCUCCUGUUUUCUGUGACUUUUAAGUUCAAUGUCAUGAAAUGACUUUUUAAUAGUAGGCUUUAUCAGAUGUUUUUUUUAAAUUCCAUUUGGGUCUAACCGACCUGUGUCCCCAUAAAAGACCCUGCAUUGUGACCUCACUCCAGUGUCAACCAAAAGCAAUCACUAGAAAAUGAUUUCCAGGUGCUCACUGCCUGCCAGCUCAGCCAAGCUUCUUAGCAGCUCCUAUUCCAGCCAGUCCCACCAUGCACAGGUAUGGGGGAUUGCUGCCUGGCAGAUCCUUCGUCAGCUUGUCCCAUCCCGCCCUUCACAAGGCUGUUUUCCCUUUUCCUAUCCCAUCCUGCUUGGGUCGCCAGUAUUAAUAGACAUCAUAGAUUCUAGGACUGGAAGGGACCUCGAGAGGUCAUAGAGUCCAGUCCCCUGCCCUCAUGGCAGGACCAAAUACUGUCUAGACCAUCCCUGAUAGACAUUUAUCUAACCUACUCUUAAAUAUCUCCAGAGAUGGAGAUUCCACAACCUCCCUAGGCAAUUUAUUCCAGUGUUUAACCACCCUGACAGUUAGAAACUUUUUCCUAAUGUCCAACCUAGACCUCCCUUGCGGCAGUUUAAGCCCAUUGCUUCUUGUUCUAUCCUUAGAGGCUAAGGUGAACAAGUUUCCUCCCUCCUCCUUAUGACACCCUUUUAGAUACCUGAAAACUGCUAUCAAGUCCCCUCUCAGUCUUCUCUUUUUCAAACUAAACAAACCCAAUUCUUUCAGCCUUCCUUCAUAGGUCAUGUUCUCAACACCUUUAUUCAUUCUUGCUGCUCUGCUCUUUGGACCCUCUCCAAUUUCUCCACAUCUUUCUUGAAAUGCGGUGCCCAGAACUGGACACAAUACUCCAGUUGAGGCCUAACCAGCGCAGAGUAGAGCAGAAGAAUGACUUCUCGUGUCUUGCUCACAACACACCUGUUAAUACAUCCCAGAAUCAUGUUUGCUUUUUUUGCAACAGCAUCGCACUGUUGACUCAUAUUUAGCUUGUGGUCCACUAUAACCCCUAGAUCUCUUUUUGCUGUACUCCUUCCUAGACAGUCUCUUCCCAUUCUGUAUGUGUGAAACUGAUUGUUCCUUCCUAAGUGGAGCACUUGGCAUUUGUCUUUGUUAAACUUCAUUCUGUUUAUCUCAGACCAUUUCUCCAAUUUGUCCAGAUCAUUUUGAAUUAUGACCCUGUCCUCCAAAGCAGUUCCAAUCCCUCUCAAUUUGGUAUCCUCUGCAAACUUAAUAAGCGUACUUUCUAUGCCAAUAUCUAAGUCGUUAAUGAAGAUAUUGAACAGAGCCGGUCCCAAAACAGACCCCUGCGGAACCCCACUCGUUACGCCUUUCCAGCAGGAUUGGGAACCAUUAAUAACAACUCUCUGAGUACGGUUAUCCAGCCAGUUAUGCACCCACCUUAUAGUAGCCCCAUGUAAAUUGUAUUUGCCUAGUUUAUCGAUAAGAAUAUCAUGCGAGACCGUAUCAAAUGCCUUAUUAAGUACUGAUUUUGCCCCAGAUCCCUAAGUAGCCCCCUCAAGGAUUGAGCUCACAACCUUGGGUUUAGCAAGCCAAACCACUGAGCUAUCCCUCCCAUCAUGGGAGGUGUGUUAACCUGGGCAAGGAUGGUGUGUUUGGCAGUGUGAUAUAGCGGCUGAUUAAGCAAAGGACUGAUGUGUCUGAAUUCACCGUUAGAAAUGUGGGGUGUCUAUACUACCUGCACAAUGUCAAACCAAUACUGUAAUGUUACUGUGUCAGCUGCAGUCCCUGAUGGAAUCUGUGCCGUUGGUGCGGAUGCUCAGUGAUCGGGUAUUGUGCAGCUAAGUAGCCAGUGUCUGUACUGCAAGGCCAUGGUCUCUGCGGGGCUCUCCAGCGACACAUGAUACUUUGUAUACGUAGCUUUCACUGUUGAGUCUCCUGGAAGUUCCUUGAACCAGAAGUUUUGCUUUCCCUGAUAUCCUGGCUUUUUCUGAUCCAAAGUGGUUAACUGGCAGAUGCAGGGGCUGUCAGCCCAUUGCUGCUCCUUCUCUUGUACAGACACCAGCUCCCAUUUCAUCGGCCCAGCACAAAGCCCCUAUGGGACUCGCCGAAGACCGUCCCAGGGUAAGGACUGUCUUCUCCGCCAACCAGUCCAGGCCCGUCUCUGCUUUCCUCACCUCCCGUCUGCAUAAAGUCUCUGCUCUGUUCAUGCCUGUUGCUGGAGAGCUGGAGAAAAACAUAAAGUAUUGAUUCAGGAAAUGCCGCUAGCACUUCAGCCUUUUGUGCGCACUCAGGGCAGGCUUGUGUACAGUAUACUUGUGGGAUGACCUGAUGGAAGAUGUACCUGUUUCCUGUAUGCUUCUCUAUAGUUUAAAAUAGUUUCAGGCUGCAGUCUGAAGGCUGGGCUCGUAGCAGGAGCGUGCAUUUAAAUCCGUUGGUGUAGGGGGUCCUCUGGCGACUGAGUACAGCGUCUUCCUCCUUAACAGGCUUGCUGGGGUGGGGACUGGGCUGGCUCCCCAGUCUGGGGGCAAUGCAUCUCAGACUUCAGCUGGGCCUGCUCCAGGGGCCUUCUGAAGAAGCUCAGCACGGCCCCCGUCCUCUCUGAUUCGUGGUGGUGGGUAAUGUGUGUGCUUGUCCAAGUGGCUCCUGCUGCGGAGCCUGUCUCUCCGAGCUGAGGCAGAGAAGGGUGGGUGGGGUGGGGUGGGGUGAUUUUGAAUUUGUGGCAUUGGCUUUGCCCGUGGCGGUGGGCCGAAGUCUCCUCACCAGGGGGUGGAGGAAGAGCACCUACCAGCUGCCAGAAGCUGCCAGAGACACCUGUGCAGGGUGCUGUUGCACAGAUCUGCUAGUCGCUGUGCUUGUGUGGCUCUGCAGCACAGAGCUACUGGCAGCGGGUGCCUCCCUCAGGCCAGGGGGCAUUUGCUAAAUCAAGGCAAAGGGCUCCAGGGCAUUUCUCUUUUUAACCGAGCCAUGGUCCCCUUUUUCAGUGUUCACACAGGGCACAGCCUUUGCCAAAGGGCCCUCCUGUCCUGCUCCAGGCUGCCCUAUGACAGCCUGGCACAGGUAGAAGCAUUUCAGAAUUCAGCUAGCAAUGCCCAGCUGUCUCUGUCCUUGGGGCUUGCCACGGCUGAGAGGAGCUGGUCUUUGUGACUGUCCAUGUGAGGUGCCAUCAGCCCACCGGUGGCCUGGGAUUGAGCUGUGAGUUGAGCUGUCCCUAGGAGUCACUUUCAUGACAGAGCUGCCCUCCUGGUUGAAAUGGAGGGCACAGUUUUGUGGCGUUCUUCCCCCUUGUUCCCUUGCCCACCUCUCAUUGCUGGUGGGAGUAAUGUUGGUCCCACCAUACAGUGGAAUCUGCACAACCUGGUUGGAUUAUUUUUCGGGCCCCCAGAAACCAUGUUUGCUGUGCUUUGGGGGCCAGGUCCAUGUCGAGUUUCCCAUUUUACUGGCCGUUCCCCAGUCCUUGUUUGAGUCUGUUAACUCUGUGAUGGCCUCCUGUCACAGCCAAGACCCAAAUGUGGCAUCUUCUAUAUGAGAAACACUGUCAUGAAGUGCAGAGGCUGAAAGGCCUUCUGCCCUUGACACUGUGUUCCAAUGACAGUCCGGAUCCUAUAAAGCCAUAUGAUUUUAUCAGAUGAAUUCUGUGAGAAAAUAAAUUUUUUAUGCACCUUC